GUAUAAUUCUGAACUGUUUUAAAUAAUUAUUACAAUUAAUACAUAUAAUUAGUUUGUUAUUAGAAAACUAUUUUAACAAUUUAAAUAACAUUAUUAUUAACUUAAUUGUGAAAUAUGUCUCGAUUUGAUUGUGUGGAUAGUGUAGAGCCCAUUGAGUUCUUUGCCUUACAGAGGGCUUAUAGGGCCGACAAUAAUCACAAUAAAGUGGACCUUAUUAUUGGCACCUAUCGAUCGGACGAAGGAAAGCCAUGGCUAUUACCAGUGGUGCACAAAGUGGAGCAAACAUUGGCCAAUACUGAUGGCUAUAAUCACGAAUAUCUGGGACAAUUGGGUGACAAUCGAUUCUCAGAGUCUGUCACUAAACUACUCUUAGGAAACCAAUGCAAAGCCAUCGCUGAAAAUAGAACAUUUGGAGUGCAAACCCUAUCGGGAACGGGAGCUCUAAGAGUUGGCGCAGAUUUUUUGCGACAUAAUUGUGAUUCUGUGAUUCUACUGCACGCAUGCGCUCACAACCCGACGGGAAUGGAUCCGACGGCCCAACAGUGGACAGCCAUCGCCGAUGUAAUGGCUGAGCGAAAACUGUUCCCAUUCUUCGACUGCGCCUAUCAGGGCUUCGCCACCGGCGAUGCGGACAGGGAUGCCUAUAGUGUCCGUUACUUCGUGGACAGGGGUUUUGAGUUGAUAUGCGCGCAAUCCUUUGCCAAAAACUUUGGACUUUAUAACGAAAGGGUCGGUAAUCUAACGUUUGUAUUGAACACUACCGGCGCCUGUAUUAAUAGAAUGAGGGAACAGCUGACUAUAUCUGUACGAGCCAUGUAUAGUAGUCCACCGGCACAUGGAGCUAGUGUUGUAACUAAAGUGCUCAAUGAUCCACAACUCUAUGAUGAAUGGUAUGGUAUUUGUUAUAACAAAGGGUGUAUAAGACAAAUGUCGGGUCGUAUUAAUGAUAUGAGAGCUAAGUUGAGACAAAUGUUGGAGGGGUUGGGAACACCGGGAAAGUGGACACACAUUACCCAACAGAUAGGGAUGUUUGCCUAUACAGGACUCACGCUACCACAGGUGAAACAUAUGCGUGAUUUCUAUCACAUAUACCUACCAAACGACGGACGUAUAUGUGUGGCCGGACUCAACACCAAUAAUAUUGAAUACGUGGCCAAAGCUAUCAAUGAAACUAUCGCUAAAUUUCCUUAA